CUUAACCAAACAGCGUCAUCAUGACGCGCUGUCCCUUUAACAUCUGAGCCGAUUUGAGUGGGGCCAACAUGUUAGAGUUCUCCUCCCCUUAAUGGAUUAUUCACAAGUUCAGUCCCUCAAGGCUUCUGAACGAACCGUUUGACAACAGGCCAAAUAGCCUACUUCGCAUAACGCGCUAGGGACCCAUGGUUUUGUGGGGACGUUGUUUAGUUCGGUCUGUGUGCCGUUAGGAAUCGAGGAGAGCAACAGGUGAAAUGCUACGAGUGCGCAGACAAAGUAUAGUCAAUAGGAUGGGUACAUUCACAGACGACUAGGAUCGUGAAGAAAUGCUUGGCUUGUCUUCUGUGCGCACAGUGAAUGGAGGUAGGCCUGCUUUACGCCUCAUGAUAAGUCAUACUGUAAUGUCGCAACAUAUGCCCUAGAUAUAGGUCAAGUACCGUUAUGGUGUGGUGACUCAAACAAAGAGGGAUGGACGGAACAAAGUGACACCCUUACCGGGAGGCUGCGCGGAAAACGCUUUCUGUAGUGUGGACUAAUAAUAACUGACGCUUAAUGGUGCGCUAAUAGUCAUUUGUUUGGAGGCGCUGCAUCAUCAUGGUGGUUGAAAGGACACUUCUCGCUGCGAGGCAAGGGGAUGUGCAAACUCUGAAAGUACAAUUCGCGGAGAAAGUACUCAACGGCGACGUGAAAGAUGUGCUGGGAGCGACUCCCGUACACCACGCCGCCCGAGCAGGGAAGCUCACCUGUCUGCGGUAUUUGGUGGAUGAAGCGGGUUUACCGGCGAACAGCCUGGCGAGAAACGGCGCGAGUCCUGCGCAUGACGCCGCAGCCACGGGCAACCUGACCUGCCUGCAGUGGCUCGUGACGCAUGGAGGAUGUCGAGCGGCUGAUAAGGACAGCUCUGGGGCGACUGUCCUGCAUCUGGCGUCUCGAUUCAGCCAUCAUGAGAUCAUCGAUUGGUUGCUCAAAAGUGAGGAGGGGGAUCCUACUGUUGCCACGGAUACGGGGGCGUUGCCUGUUCAUUAUGCUGCCGCUAAAGGGGACUUACCCUCGCUAAGGCUGCUAUUGGAACACAGCCCACAAGUUGUCAAUUUUCAAACCAAGAAUGGUGCCACACCACUAUACCUUGCAUGUCAGGAGGGCCACCUGGAAGUUGUCCAGUACCUGGUGAAGGACUGCGGGGCGGAGCCAAGUAUUAGAGCCAAUGAUGGGAUGACACCACUGCACGCUGCUGCCCAGAUGGGACACAACACUGUCAUUGUCUGGCUGAUGAGUUUCACAGAGAUCAGCCUGUCUGACAGAGACAAUGAUGGGGCCACUGCCAUGCACUUUGCCGCCAGCCGCGGCCAUGCCAAGGUUCUCAGCUGGCUUCUUCUGCACGGCGGGGAAAUAAUGACAGACAGCUGGGGUGGGACGCCUCUUCAUGACGCAGCUGAGAAUGGAGAGCUGGAGUGCUGUCAAAUUCUCGUGGUAAAUGGAGUGGAUCUGGGCAUACGGGAUCAGGAUGGGUUCUCAGCAGCGGAUCUAGCUGAAUACAACGGGCAUCAACAGUGUGCCAAGUAUCUUCGCACUGUCGAAAACAUGAGCGUGGAACAUCGAGUCUUAUCAAGGGACGCUUCGGCAGAUUUGGAGUAUAAGCAACCAGACUCAGGCCUGUCCUCUCCCAACGCUACCCUGCCCAACCCAGCACCCCCUGCAGGCCACUUUGACAUCUGCUCACCCUCAAGCUCAUUGUCCAAUUACGACUCGGCGAACUCCAGCCAAUCCAGUACUGGAGAGAAAAGGAGCGGUUCACCUCCCUCACGCGUACCAACAGGAGGCACAGAUUCAGCCAUUACUGACAUGCAGACCUAUAUGGACAUGCUCAAUCCUGAUGAAGCAUGUGGUUCCCAUAAUGCGAAAGAGGCUGCACACCUGCCGCCCCCUCCUACAUUUCCUCCACCCCCACCGCCAUCAAAUCCUUCCCAUAUCCCACCUCCACCUCCUGCCUACCCCGCACCCAACCCACCUGAGGAGGAGGAGGUGUCCGCUGAAUACUUGAAGGUGAAGAGGAACCUUCGCAGAGUCGACAAUGAUGUAGUCAAAAAGGAGCAGCUGAAUCCUGGCGAGAACCACGAAAGACUUCGAAGAGUUGACUCAAACCGAAAGUCUCGAAGUUUCAGCAAGCAGCCCAGCACUGGGGACUACUAUAAAACCCUGGGUAGCGAUACCACGGACCAGCAGCCCAGCAGAGCCAUGGCACCUAAUGAGGAGGGUUCUGCACUGUUGGAGGAGGCGGCAGACACAGCACCUGCCCCAGAGAAUGGAACGGGAACCACAGAAGAUCUACCGCUUCCUCCACCUCCACCUCCUCCACCUGCAAGCACCUUUAUCCCGGCUCCACCUCCUCCUCCACCUCUUCCAUCAGAGCUGCCCCCUCCUCCCCCACCCUCCACCACCACACCGGCCGCUGCCCAACGGCGCAUGUCUUCAUCCUCCAACAAAGGGCAUCUGUCCUCUACGCAUCUUUCUCCCUCUGUCGCUCCUGCUCCAGAAACACUCCGUCAGAGAAAGAGCAAUAAAUCCUUCAACAUGAUGUCCCCUACUGGAGAUAAUUCUGAGCUUCUGGCCGAAAUUAAAGCUGGGAAGAGUCUAAAGCCGACACCUCACAGUAAAGGCUACACGACCGUCUUUUCGAACAGCGGCACACCAGGAAACAAUGGGGAAAGUCCAUCAUCGCCGCCAGAGCCUCUGCCAAAACCCAACGACACCCAAUCCGCGAAGCCAGAAUCUCCACCGCCUGCUUGUCCACCGACGCCACCCAAUCCCACAGCCAGCAGGUCGUCACCCCAGAACCUGUCCACUUCACAGAGCAGCGACCAGCUCACAGCUGCGGUCAACGGUAACACGUCUGUCGUCCAGAACAAGACCAGCGUGGUGGACGUGGAGAGUUUGGUGCCCACGCACGACGAGCAGGGCCGAGCCAUUCCAGAGUGGAAGAGGCAGGUGAUGGUCCGAAAACUGCAAGUGAAGAUGCAGGAGGAGGAAGAGAACAAGAGAAAGGCUGAAGAAGAGGCGGCUCGUCUGGCAUCCUUACCUGCGUGGAGGAGAGACAUCAUGAAGAAAAAAUUGGAGGAAGAGAAUGGUAAGAUGGAACAGAAAAGAAAAGAUGAAGAACAACGGCGGAUGGAGAAGGAGAGUGAGGAGAAGUCAGAACUGGAGCGACUACGAACGCUAGGCUAUGAUGAAACCAAGCUGGCGCCGUGGCAAAAGCAGAUCAUUUUAAAGAAAGGAGACAUAGCGAAACAGUAGUAAACUCACAGUCAUCGAAGCCCCUCUUGCACAACUUUUUCGCUGACAUACAGUGUUUUGCGAAAAGCCUUUGCGGAGUCUGUGAAAAUGGGAAGAAAUUUGAAUAAAUAAGAGAGAUUGUACAAAUUGGAUAAUAUUUUUUCAUUUAGUACUGUGCUGGGUAAGAAAAUUUUACAUAAAAGAUGUUUACAUCUAUCUACUUGACAGACAAAAUUUUUUUAAAUAACUCAAAAGCAAAAAAAGCUGUGAAGCCUUUUUCAUUCAGUUUCUUUUCGGCUUAGUCUCUAUAUUAAUCUGGGGUCGCCACAGCGGAAUGAACCACCAGUUUGUGAAGCCUUGGAUCUUAAUACUGUUGUUCUGAACUUAUCCUGUAGAUUCUUCAACUUUUCCGCCGCAUUUUGCAUAUUUUAAUCCUUUCCCGAAGUAAUUUUUUGAUUUUUAAGAUCCAUAUUUUCACACUGAGGACAACUGAAGAACUCAAGCACAGCUAUUUUUAAAAUGUUUAAAGGCUUAGUUCACCCAGAAAUCUAAAAUUCUGUAAUCAUUUACUCAUCCUCCUCU